AUGGCUUCCACUGCUAACGGCCACGCAGACGUCACCGACUGGGACGACAGGUACUACCAUGUAGACCAAGUACUCGACCGACCCGGUCCGCGGACGGACCCCGAUCAGUUCAGCCCCGGUGAAGCUGUGAAGAGUUUUCUGCGGGACCAGUGCAAGAUUCUGGUCAUUGGUGCUGGUGGUCUUGGAUGCGAGAUCUUGGCGGACCUCGCGUUGUCGGGUUUCAAGGAUAUUCAUGUCAUCGACAUGGACACGAUCGACAUUAGUAACUUGAACCGACAGUUCUUGUUCAGGCCAAAGGAUGUUGGAAAGCCCAAGGCCACAGUAGCGGCCGAGUUCAUCAUGAAGCGUGUACCAGGCGUGAAGGUCACGCCGUUCUACGGAAAGAUCCAGGACAAAGACGACGACUUCUACAUGCAAUUCAACCUCGUCAUCUGUGGCCUCGACUCCGUGGAGGCGCGUCGGUGGAUGAACGCAACACUCGUGAACCUGGUCGAUCCCGAGAAUCCGGAGAGCUUGAAGCCGCUUAUUGAUGGUGGAACCGAAGGCUUCAAGGGCCAGGCUCGCGUGAUCCUGCCCACGAUCACGUCGUGCUAUGAAUGUUCCUUAGACAUGUUGAACAAGCCUACCGCCUUCCCCAUCUGCACCAUCGCCAACACACCCCGGUUACCAGAGCAUUGCAUAGAGUGGGCUUCAGUACUAGAAUGGCCACGCGUACACGGCGAAAAGAAGAUGGACACGGAUGACCCCGACCACAUAUCUUGGUUGUACGACGUCGCCUUGAAGCGCGCUAAGGAGUUCAAUAUCGAGGGUGUGACUUGGUCGCUCACGCAGGGUGUCGUGAAGAACAUCAUCCCCGCCAUUGCCUCCACGAACGCCAUCAUCGCAGCCUCAUGCUGCAACGAAGCCUUCAAGAUCGCCACAUCUUCCGCCGCCUAUCUCAACAACUACUUCAUGCUCAUCGGCACCGAAGGCGUCUACUCUUACACCUUCGAGCACGAGCGUCGUCUGAACUGCCCAGUAUGCGGUGGCGAAUCGGUUGAUGUGCCCGUACCGAAGGAUUGGACCGUCGAGCGCUUGAUCGAGAUGCUUACGGAGAAGCAAGAUAUCCAGAUCAAGAAGCCGUCGCUGUCAACGCCCACGGGGCAGAUCUAUUUCCAGGCGCCGCCACAGCUCGAACAGGCUACACGGCCAAACUUGGAGAAGCCGCUCAUUGAGCUUGUACCGGAGGGUGGGGAAGUCACAGUCACUGCUACGACGCUGCCGUUCAGCUUGUCGCUCCGUAUCACGUACACAUAG